AUGUGUCCAGAGGGUUUAAGUUCUCAGCGUCUUUUUGUAGAACAGCUAAUGCCGUUACAAGACUCUUCUUCAGAAACGCGUCAACGACGCGUUUCCUUCAUAGCGGCAAAAACAUCGAAUAACGGCAAUUCAUCUGGCUGGAUGAUGAAGUCUUCAAUACGGUCCUUUUUCGAAUUGAAUACCAUAGAUGGACAACUGAAGGCUAAGUGUAUGUACUGUGGCAAGCAGUAUUCAGAGGGAGACUGCGUAGGUAAUAUGGCCAAACAUGUCCGGGCAUUGCAUCCCAAUGCAUUUAAGGCAAAGGGAAAAGUCUUGAAAACAAGACCGAUGAAAGUAGCUCAAUUCAUCACGGAUGAGCGCAAGAGAAACCCUGGAAUUUUUGGAACGGCAAUGCUGGUCGUGGAACAACUUCUACCACUUAGUUUUGUGCUGUCACCGGCGUGGGCUAGCUACAGUGAACUGUGUUCUACCCAAGCUACCAUCAGAUCAAGAAGCACACUGGUGAAAAAAUUGAAGUUGUAUUCUACCAACAUGAAUGAGACUUUACUAGCAAAUCUAAAGGAAUCUCAAUUCGUCAAUAUCCAGCUCGGGAUACGGACAGCGUCCGACGGUGAAUCAUUUUUGGCCAUGAUGGUCUCGUUUGCUCCGAACAUUUGGGACCCUAAGACUUUAGAUUUGGCCAACAAUCCAAGCAUUUUGCUCAACAACUCAGGAAAAGCCCACAACAAUCACAUCCUGGAUUUUACAAGUUUGGGCGACAGGAAACGUACUGGAGAAGACCUUAGCAAGACGGUUCUUUCCCUGUUGCAAAAAUACGAGCUCACCGAAAAAAUGGCAACUCUAACGAUGGACGGUGCCUCAGCUAAUGAAUCAAUUUUCUUCGAACUGUGCUACGGCGCUUUCAAUGCUUUAAGCCCGUUUGCGCAUCGCUUAUUUGGAAAAAUCCGUUACAUAAGGUGUGCCAGUAAUAUUUUGAACCUUCAAAUUGAGGCGGCUACUAGAGCUUUGUUGAAGAAUACUCGUUUCCUCAACGCAUUUGCGAAAUUACAGAAGCUGGCCAAAAUUAUGAGACAAUCAUCCCGUAUGUCUUGCAGUCUAAGGUUGAAGAAAAUUCCACUUCUUCCCUUGGAGACACCAAGCAGACGCAUAUAUCUUUGGUCCCUGCUUCGUGUUUUCUUGGAUAAUCAUGGCAAGUAUCAGGCCUGGCAUUCACAACUGCUUGAGGAUGGUCAGGAAGAUUUGGCACUCAAGAUUGAAGAAUGUAUUUGUUUCGAUAAAAGAACCAUGGAAUUAUGCAAGUAUAUCCUGCAAACUCUUCGGUUGUUCAACGAUUUGAACUUAAAGCUUCAGCGUGAUAACUUUAAUCACCUUUCCAAUGGCGUUCCAUUGUACUACUUAUUGCAACAUUUCUAUGACACAUGUGCAAAAGCUUCUUCAGGCUCUCGUAUCACGAAGAGCCGGUCAACUUAUGACUAUUCCUUUUUGAAUGGAUCCGCUGAUCUCAAUUGUGAAGAUAAGAAGCAUGUGCUUGAUGCUGUAGACUUUGCAGGAGCUUUACAUCAGGAAUACAUGAGUUACGUCCGGUGUAAUCCCCUGUACUACGUCGCUGUCAUGCUAGAUCCCACCAGUAAAGUUGAAGGCAUCUUUGACAUGACGACCCCUGAAGAAGGUACCGCCAGAGUCCUAGAGGCGCAAGCUUUCAUAAAAAAAUACAUGAGAGAAUGCGGCCCAGAAAAAGAGUCGGGAUCUCAGCAGAUUGUGGAGAACCCAAUCCGCUCACUCUCAAGGUCCAGCUUGUACUUCAACAAGGAAGAUCUUUCAGCAGAAGAGAGCUCGGAAAGCUCCGCUCAUGGAACGGAGCUGCAGAAUGCGAGUUCAGAGGGGUACACCGAAGAGUGGAUUCAGUAUCAACAGGAACCAAAGUUAGUGGCCAAGUCAAAUGAAGAAGCUAUUUGCUGGUGGUAUGAACGCAGACAGAAGUAUCCCAAAUUGUUCAAGCUGGCCAUUUCGCUCUAUUACACGAAAUUAAGUGCGUGUAACGUGGGAGAAUGUUUUUCCCUAGCUGGAACUGUUAUGACGAAGGACAGCAGACGUCUCAAACAUGUUGAUUUUGGUACCCUUCUGGUCCUGAGAGACAGAUUUACGAAAUUCGGAUUUCUCGACUGUUCAUCAACAGAUUCAAACGAUUCGGAUUAUGCAUUGGAUGACUUCAACAGGACUGGGGAACAACUUCACGAUGAUUACGAUUCUACGGAAGUCGAUUACCACGAUAAUGAAUUUAGUUACGACGACGGAGAGGAGGACGAAAAUGAUACUUGUUACGAAAACGAAGCUAGUUAUCAAAGGGCUUAG